CUUUUCGUCUUUAAAGAAUCUUUUCGCUGCAUUAGGACAACAAGCGUCCAAAGACGCAGAAGAAAUGAUCGAUGGAUUUUAGCCUUUGAUUACGAUGGAAAAGAAGGAUAAAAAGGAUGAAGAGGGUGAUGGCCAGUUGUUUGUUUGGCAAGGGUAUACUGGCAAGGUUGAACUGAUCUCCUUCAAGACCUUUCUUACCAAACCUGUAAGGAGAGUAGCAUUAGGGGGAGAUCACUCUCUUAUUCUUACAUAUGAUGACUGUUUGUUUGCCUGUGGUAGCAAUCAGAACAGUCAGCUAGGCUGCCCUAACCUCGGCCGGGAAUAUUCUUUUGAUCCCUGCUUGGUGGAUACAGUAUGUGGUAAAGGCAUUCAGCAAAUAGCUUGUGGAACCAACCAUUCUGCCUGCAUAGACAAGGAUGGUUCCCUGUAUUCAUGGGGAGAUAAUCAACAUGGCCAGUGUGCUAAAGAUCCUUCUGAACAUAUUGAAGUUCUGUCCCCUUCUUGUAUUGAGUUGUCUACUCCUGGCACAGUAUGUAAACAUGGGGUUACUUCCCCAGGAGUUAAAGAAGCAGCCCAUAAAAUAUCUUGUGGGGCCACACAUAGUGUAGCACUUGGGGUGGAAGGGAAUGUGUGGAUUUGGGGUAGGGGUCCACAGUUAGGACUAGGGGAUGUUCAGCAACCAUGGCAACCAACUGUUUUAGAAACUUUUCGUGGAAAGAAGGUCCUAGAUAUAUGUAGUGGAGAUUUUCAUAAUGCUGUGCUGGUUGCAGAUGAAAAAGAAAUGAAAGACAUGUCAAGUGAAGUGAGGGACAGUAAGAAAACAAAAGACAGUGGUUUGAAAUCAGAUAUAUUAGAAGCUAGUUACAUUAAUACUUCAUGUGCUGAAUGCAUGAACCUGCAUAAUACUCUAGAAACAUCAGAUAUUAAAGAGAAAGACAGUAAAAAAUUGGGUAUUGUACUUGAAAGUGCCAAAAGCAUUGAUAAGCAUAAUAAUGUAGAAGAUAAAACAGGUAUUAAUGAUAAAAGAUCUGGAACUGUUGUAAAGGUAUCACAGUCAGAAGAGAAUAAGACUGUUGAAGAUGUUGCUGCAGAGUCUGUUAAAGAUGUAGAUGUGAAUGAUGUUUUUGUAAAGUUAGACAGUGAUAAAGAAUCUAAAGGGGUUAAAGAUGAGAAUGAAGGUCCACAUGUUGUAGAAACUGAAGAUGGAAAAGGUGAUAAAACGACUGUGAUAGGAGAAGUCAAGGUUGAAAGUGGGGAAGAGUCACAACCUGCAGUUAUACAUCCAGCUGAACAAAGUAUUUAUGAUGUUUAUAGUUCAGAGAGUAAAACAGAAACAACUGAAGGUAGUUCCUCGAGUGAGGUCAGUAAAACUGAAUUGGAAGAUGUAGAACUAAGGAAGAAGAGUAGCUUAACAGAACCAAGAAGUCUUGAAGAUAUAUUGACUGCUAGUAUAAGAAGUGAUUCUUCACAAAUUUCAAAUUUGUCUUCUAAAUCAAGGUCAAAGAGUUUCUUGGAUGAGACUGGUGCACGUGAAUAUCUAGCCAGGCAGUUUCAGGACGAGGAUAACCUAGAAGUUGCAAGCUCAAAAGUGGACAAGCGCAAGUCUGAGGAGCUUAUACCCUUGACCGCCACAGCAAGUGCAGCUCCGUCUUCUCCUGGCACUUACAUGAUGCAGACUGUUUCUACAUUAACUAGUCAUGUCAGUUCAAUGACAACCAAGGCUCUUAGUAACAUAGCAUCAGUUCCAGGAAAGUUCCGUUUUGCUGGAGCUGGAGCUGAAGAAGAGACAAAAUCAAGUACGGAAACCCUAGAAGUUUCUGAAAUUUCGGAUCUUGAAACUGGAAGUACAGAGAACAUUUCUGGUAAUCUGGAUAAAUCUAUCCUCGAUUUUAGUAACCUGACCGUCAGUGACACAUCUCUGAAUGCUAGUCAGCUCUCUUUGCCGGAAUCAGAGAAGAGUAACGAUAGUAGCGGAUCACUUGAGUCCAGUCCAGUUAAAAGGAGGAAGGACCAGUCUAAUAGACUGUCAGUGAGUAAAGAGUCACAGUCUAUCAGAACAAUUGAAGCCAAACAAGAAAAUCUGAGGAAAAGAUCACUUAGUCUUCUCUCAGGAGAGGAGAAGCAUAAAGAACAUGUUGUUGCUGAUGUUUACAUGUUGGAUACAGAGGUAUGGACAUGGGGUCGUGGGAGCAAAGGUCAGCUUGGUCUAGGAGAUAUGCUUGAUAGGACAGAGCCAUAUUGUGUACAGAUUCUUACAGGACGGAGGAUUGUUAAACUUGCCUGUGGUUCCUAUCAUACUGUGGCACUUUCAUCAACAGGGGAGGUCUACUCGUGGGGACAGAAUGAUUCCGGACAGCUUGGGCAUAGUGAAAUAUCAUGUUCACCUGCUAGAAUAGAGUUGACAUAUGACUGUUGUGCUUGGUGUGUAGAUGCAGGGAGCAAUCACACGGUAUUUCUGAUGGAUAGUGCCAGUACACAGGGUAACAGACCCGAGGUCUUCUUUACUGGCAAACAUCCAUGUAAAGAUCUUUAUGUUCCAAUAUACAAGACAGGCAGGUUAACUCCCUUGAAGUUUCUCAAGAAGGCUGGCUGGAUUAGUUCUGUGACAACAGGAGGAGAUAACUGUGCGUGUAUAUCACGACAACAGACAGAUAUGACCCAGGCUCUGUUUGAAGUGACAAGAUUUGUGAGGGAGUUACACAGGCAUCUGCAGCAGAUUACACAAGACUUUGUCAAGAGAAUACAAAUGUCAGGAUUCUUCACAAGUCUUGAAGUACAGCCAUACAAAACAAUGAUAGACAGUUUACUAACAACGUUCACAGAAUUGUCAACAAAGGUUGGGAUCUAUGGUAUAGAACUAACAGACAAGUUCUGCAUGGGAGAAAGCAUUCUAAAUGCCUCACUGUUCACAGUCUAUGAUGAGUUUGUGGCUGAAUUGAAGAGAUACUCAACUGCAUUUGAAGAUAUGGUUGCUACGGGUGCUUUUGAAUACUGUGCCAAAAAUGCUAGUUCAAUGUUUGAAGUGUUACAAGAGUUCUACAAGGACUUACUGAAGACUAACCAAACUGAGGCAAAACCUGAUCAUUCAGCUAAAUUCCGGGAAAUCAUGUAUGUACCACUGAAAAACGUCAAGGAAAUAUCAGUUGUUGUCACUAAAUUCUCGGAGUUGUUUAAAAAGCCAAGCAAGGAAUGCAACCUGCUAUCCAGUGUACAUUUAAAUCUGGAACAUUUUGUACGAAUGUCUCAGACGGCCAUAUCUGAUGCAGAUAACACGAGGAUGUUCUGGGAAAGUUCCGCUACUAAAAUAUCUGAUAGUUUGAAGAGUCCAGCUAGGAGAUUGAUUAAAGAAAGUAGAUCUUGUCCUCUGUCACUGCUGAAUGCUGGGAGAUUUUCAACUCAUACAUUCUACCUGUUCAAUGAUUUGUUUAUACAUGCUCAGUAUUCUAAUUACCAGUCAUAUCCUCUAGAGACAGUAUGGAUAGAUUUGCCAUCUUCAGAAUCUACCAGCCAACAAAAUGUGAUCACAGUUACUACCCCUGAGGAUGUUCUCACUUUGACUACGCCAACAUCACAGAUAAAGGUAGAAUGGGUUGUUGCAUUCAACACAGCUAUCAACAAAGUGCUAGCCAGUCAGAAAUCAGUAAAUAGACAGAACAGCGGAGAACGUGUUCAUACACCAGUGAUCAGGCUUGCACGUCACACGUUUACCAAGCAUACACUGUACAGAGAGGGCAACUACAGGGGCUACUGGUUAAAUGGAAAAGUUCAUGGAUCCGGGUUAUUGAAAUGGCCAGAUGGUAGAAAAUACAGAGGAAAAUUCAAACAUGGCAGUAUUACUGGGUCUGGUAAGAUGGUUGUACCUAAAGAAAACGACACUGAAGAGAUACAGGAAGGGGCAUGGAAAGAUGGAAAACUUCAUGGGCAUGGCAAAAUCAAGUACAGUAACGGGGAUCUGUAUGAUGGAUACUUCAAGGACGCUAUGCGACAUGGUCAUGGUGUGUUUAGGAAAGGGAAAUAUUUAAACAGUGCAUCAUUUGUUUAUGUUGGAGAGUGGCUGUUUGAUAAAAAACAUGGAUAUGGUGUCAUGGAUGAUAUACUGAAAGGGGAGAAGUAUAUGGGUAUGUGGCAGGAAGACGGUCGCCAUGGUGAUGGAGUUGUUGUCACGCUGGAUGGAAUGUAUUUCGAAGGAAACUUUCAGCAUGAUAAAUUGAUUGGCCAUGGUCUGAUGUUAACAGAUGAUAACAGUUGUUACGAAGGAGAAUUUGCUGGUAUUACCAUGUUGCAGGGAAAGGGAUGUUUAACAUUCCCCAGUGGUGAUAAAAUAGAUGGUACAUUCAGUGGAACUUGGAAUCAAGGUCUGAAAAUAUCAGGAACAUUCCAUAAAACACCUCUAACUACGUCAAUGUCGAAACAUUCAUGGAUCAGAGUUACCAUGGAAAAUGUAUCUAGUUUGUUUGGAAAAUUGUGUGUGAAGCCAGAGAGAAAAUGGGAAGAGAUUUUCUACCAAUGUUACGACAGUCUUCACUAUAGUGGAGAUGGGGAACCAAAUACAAAUAAAGCCUGGGACCAUGUGGUCUCUUGUAUUGUGACCGGGAAACAGCGCUUGAAGGAAAGAGAUAAAAGUCGUAUGUCUUCUAAACAGAAACGAGAGUUGAGUAACCUAGAACAACUAGAGAAGAUACCCACCCACAGUGUUCCUAUACUCACAAUAGAACACUACUCACAAACUGUGCAAUACUUAAUCAAGGCAUUUGAGACUAAUGCUCACCCUCUAGGGAAACUGAUGGAAGAACUGGUUGACGUGUUUAGGGCAGCGUAUAUUGGGAUAGGAGCUCACCCACGACUGUUGUACCAUGCUGUCCAGGAGUUACAGUCUUAUAUGAAGAGAAUCUAUAGAGUUAUAAGAAUAUUGUUCCCAGAAUUGCCUGGGAAGGGUGAUCCCACACAUAUAUACCAAGAGAAACAGAGACGGGCCAGUACCCCUAUCAGGGAGAACAUGGGCUUUAUACAGAGACAGAUAUCGGAGGUUGAUGGGGAGGAGUUACCAAAGGAAGUAGUUUCAGCAGCUGGUCUGUUACAGCCUAUUUUGCUACCAAAGAUAUAUCCAGCAUUAUUUGACCUCUAUGCACUCCACAAUGAUCGUGAGGAUGAGAAAUAUUGGGAGAGGGUGAUGAAGCUGAACAAACAGGGUGAUAUGUCCCUGAUGGCUUAUCUUGGCAUAGAUCAAAGUUUCUGGUGUCUUGAUGGGUCCAUGUUUGAAGACAAAAAAGUGAGAAUAUCUUCAAUCAGGGAUCAUAGCUAUUCAAGAGCAGUAGACGUUUUACAGCAAAUCAGCACUGCAUUCUGCCCUCUGGAAAAGCUUGAAGUGAUCCAGCAUACAUUCCUGGCAGUAUCACAGACUGUUCAAGAGUACUCUGGUGAAGAGCAUAUUUGGUGCAUGGAUGAUCUGUUCCCGAUAUUCCAAUUUGUAGUGAUCAGAGCUCGGAUCCACCACCUGGGUGCCGAGAUACACUUUAUUGAGGAAUUAAUGGAGAGCUACCUGGAGUUUGGAGAACUUGGCAUCAUGUUUACAACAUUAAAAGCAUGUUACUAUCAGAUACAGAAUGAAAAGAUGCCAAUUCACUAAACUGAGAUCGUCUUUGAAAUGUUGUGUUAUUUUAAGUUAUUUAUAUCCUUAAUGCUAUCAUAUACAUUCCUAAUUUAACUAUUAGAAAAUAAAUGUUUGAGAUUAUUGCUUCCAGUUAACCAAAAUGCUUUCAUGAGAGUAUUUAUUUAUUUAAUGAUUGACAGUAGAUAUGUGAGCCACACCAUGAGAAAACCAACAUAGUGGGUGCGCGACCAGCAUGGAUCCAGACCAGCCUGCGCAUCCGCGCAGUCUGGUCAGGCUCCAUGCUGUUUGCUUUUAAAGCCUUUUGGAAUUGGAGAAACUGUUAGCGAACAACAUGGAUCCUGACCAGACUGCGCGGAUGCGCAGGCUGGUCUGGAUCCAUGCUGGUAGCAAAGCCACUAUGUUGGUUUUCUCAUGGCAUGGCUCAUUUAAUUAUUGACAGUAGAUAUGUAUUGAUUUCAUGAUUUUAUGGGUGCACAUACAUUUAGGAUUUCAUACAUUAUAUAACUGUUCGAUGUGUCAAAAUUUAGAACAUUUCGCUUUUCACACGCUUUAUCUGAACAUGGUUUAAAUCUUCUUGUCAAACCAUAUAUGAAGUCUGGAAUGAGUAGUAAAAUUCAUCUGGCAAUUUUUUUUAUUACGUAUAAAGAUUUACUACUGUUACAUGUAAUCGUUCAAAUUCUUAUAAAGCAUUCCGUGCUUGUAAAAUUUCUUGUUGCAGUAGAUUUCAGAUGUAUUUGGAUCGAGAGGUUUAAGUUCGAUCCUUGAGCUAGGCGUAUGUUUUUCAUGAUGAUUUGAUAAAAGACACUGUGUCUGACAUCAUUCGUCCCCCACUUCUGAUUCAUGUGGGGAAGUAGGCAGUUACUUGUGGAGAACAGGUUUGUACUGGUACAGAAUCCAGGAACACUAGUUAGAUUUACUGCCCGCCAUUACAUAACUGGUAUACUGUUGAAAAAUGUCGUUAAACCCAAAACAAACAAAAUGUAUCCUCGUUAGGCAGUUUGGGCAUUCUUCCAAUGUAAAUAUAGCUCAGUGCAUACGUUUUUCCGUAAAAGUCGAAGAAUGGCAAAUUCUCGUAUGGAAAAUAAGUAAUUUACCAACUGUAAUUACUGGUCCAAUGCCUUAACAUGAUCUUCAGAUAGAGUUUGAUAUAGCAUUAUUUUGAAAAGUAGUACACCACAAUAUCAAAUCUUUAAACCAGAAAGCUGAGUCUGAAAUAUUGAAAUGCAUAAAACAGUAUUAUGAUAGAGUAUAUUUGAGCCGUGUCAUGGGAAAACCAACAUAGUGGGUUUGCAACCAGCAUGGAUCCAGACCAGCCUGCGCAUCUGCGCAGUCUGGUCAGGCUCCAUGCUGUUCGCUUUUAAAGCCUAUUGGAAUUGGACAAACUGUUAUCGAACAUCAUGGAUCCUGACCAGACUGCGCGGAUGCGCAGGCUGGUCUGGAUCCAUGCUGGUCGCAAAGCCACUAUGUUGGUUUUCUCAUGGCAAGGCUCAAAUAUCUUUCACAAAUGAACAUCAGAUGCAAUAUUUUCAUGAGUGGCAUAGCCACAAGUGAAAAUGUAAGAUAUGGUGUUCAUGAGUGAAAGAUAUUUUCUUUUUAUUUCAUGUUUUGAUCUUAAGGCUUAGACCAAUUCCAGCUGAAAUUAAUUGGAGAACAUUUUGGAUCUGUAGACUACUAUUAGAGCUCUAGUAGCAACCAUUCAAAAUUCAAAAAGUAUCUAAAAUUUGAGAAAAAUCUCUAAACUAUAGUAAUUGGUUGACAGUCUAAAAAUAGCCAAACCAUUACAUAUGAUGUAGAUAAAGUUAUUUAUGUCCACUUUUAUUUUUUUGUCUAAAAAGUAUCUUGUUAUCUACAUGAUUGAUAUUAUAUAAGCAGUAUUGAUAAAUAUUUUUUUUUUAAUUCUAUUGUCCUGUCAAACAUGUAUAUAAAGAGUAUUCUUAGAAACAUUAUAACGGAUUCCUUAUUCAGAAGUUAAAUUUAGAAUUGUUGAUAAAAUGAUAAAGUUUGAAAUUUAGAACCAAGUGUUUAUAUAUAGGCAGUGUUCAGCAAAGGUUUGACUGUUGUUUAUAAAAAUUUGAUUAUUUUUUUUUAAUUAGAUUUGUUAUGAACUCUGUGUUUAUCAUAAUUGUUAUGUGUACCUAAAACUGAAUAAUUAAUGAAGUCUGUUAUUUGAAUAUAAUUUGUCUAUGUUUGUCAUUGAUAAUUUAAGCAUGUGUAAUGUAUAUGUGUAACCAACCAUUUAUGCAUAGUGCAAUAAAUUGCUUGCCAUAUAUGAA